AUGAUGGGCCGGACCGGUUUCCUUCAGUUUUGUUCCAUAUUGAGCUCGAGCUGGCUGCUUGUAGGCCCUUCAGCUGCAGCCAGCACCGGAGUAACUCCCGCUCAGUUCUUCCCCUGGGAGGAAAAUGUGGUCACCAACGACACACUGAAAAAUUCGACCCAGUAUGCUGCGGCAUUCGGACCCGACACAAAGCCGUCGAACGUCAAUGAAUGCAAGGUCUUUCCUGGCGAUGCCGAUUGGCCUGCUGAAGACGUUUGGCAGGCAUUGAACACUGUGGUGGAUAAUGCUCUGAUCAAGACGAUACCUUCAGCUCACGACUGCCACGAUGAAGAAUAUGGCCCCUACGAUGCUGAAAAAUGCGCAUUCGUUGCUCAGCAGUGGAACAACUCAUACUUCCACGCAGAUGACCCGACGUCUAUUUCCUGGCCACUGUGGCAGGGCCGGACCUGCUUGCCUACCGGGUACAACGGCACCAGCACGUGCACUCUGGGAGGAUAUCCGUCCUACGUUGUCAACGUCUCGACCGUCGCGCAAAUCCAGAUUGCCGUGAAUUUCGCUCGCUAUUUCGACAUCCGUUUGGUGGUGAAGAACACCGGCCACGACUUCGCUGGCAAGUCUACGGGAGCAGGGGCUUUGAGUAUCUGGACGCACUACUUGAAGGACAUGGAAUUCUACAAGGCAUACGAGACACCGACGUACAGUGGGCCAGCGAUCCACGUCGGUUCAGGUGUACAAGCAUUCGAGCUCUACCAGUACGCCGAGGACAACGACGUGACAGUGAUCGGCGGAGAGUGCGAGAGCGUCGGAGUCACAGGCGGCUACGUCCUCGGCGGCGGGCACUCGCCGCUCUCCAGCAUCUACGGCAUGAGCGCCGACCACGUCCUCGCCCUAAACGUCGUCACGCCCGACGGCCGCUUCCUCACCGCGUCCGAGACGACGCACCCGGACCUCUUCUGGGCGCUGCGCGGCGGCGGCGGCGGUACCUACGGCGUCGUCAGCUCCGUCGUCGUCAAAGCGCUGCCGAAGAUCCCCGUCACCAUCUCGCGCUUUUCUUUCUCUACGGGCCCCACCGUCACGGCUGAUACUUUCUGGGCCGGCUUCCGCGCCUACUUUGAUGACUUUAUCGUCAACGCCGACGCGGGCACGUACUCGUACUUCUACCUGCUGCCGCUCGGCGACGGCCAGUUCUCGUUCGAGAUGCGGCCGUGGUUCGCGCCGAACAAGACAGUCGAGGAGUUCGAAGCCAUCGCGGAGCCGUGGUGGGCGCGCCUGCGCGAGCUCGGGAUCCCGUUUACGCCGAACACGACGUACCAUGAGAGUUUCCACGCGGCGUGGCGCGCCGGCUUCUCGCUCGAGAUGGUCGGCUUGGUGACGUCGCGGUCUGGCGGCCGCUUGUUUCCGAAGCAGAACUUCGAGACGGCUGAGGCGAGGGAUGCGACGCUGGCGGCCUUCCGCAACACUACUGAGCAGGGCGCUGUGCUGCUGGCUUACAAUAUGAAGAAUGCUGCGCCGACCGGCCAGGCGAGGGACGCGAAUGCGGUGAAUACGCACUGGCGUGAUAGCUACAUGCUGGCGAAUGCGGGCGGCGGGUUCAUCGAUGUGGAUGCGAGCGCCGAGGAGAUCAGGAAGUCUUUUGAGUAUCUGACGAAUGAUGUGUUUGGCGUGUGGCGGAAGGUGGCGCCGACGGGCGGUGCGUAUCUGAGCGAGUCGGAUAUCUUUGAGCCGGAUUGGCAGGAUGCGUUUUACGGUGAGCAUUACGAGCGGCUGUACGCGCUGAAGCAGGAGAUUGAUCCGCUGGGUGUGUUUUACGCGCCGACGGCUGUGGGGUCGGAGAAUUGGGAGGUCCGGUCGGAGGAUGGGUGGUACAAUCAGAAUGGGCGGUUAUGUCGGAAGGUUUGA